AUGACUCGUUACAGUACCACCCCUGUUAACCCUGCCAAAAGCGCCUCUUCUCGUGGUUCUUACCUCCGUGUCUCUUACAAGAACACCUACGAGACUGCUCAAGCCGUUAACGGCUGGCCUCUUACCAAGGCCUUGACUUACCUCGAACAAGUCUCCGAAAAGAAGAGAGCCAUUCCUUUCAGAAAGCACGCCGGUUCCAUUGGCAGAGCUUCCCAAGGUAAAGAAUUCGGUGUCACCAAGGCCAGAUGGCCCGUUAAGUCUGUCAAGUUUGUUUCCGACUUGCUCAAGAACGCUCAAGCCAACGCCGAUGCCAAGGGACUCGACACUGAGAAGCUCGUCAUCAAGCACAUUCAAGUCAACCAAGCUCCUAAGCAACGUCGUCGUACUUACCGUGCUCACGGUAGAAUCAACCCUUACCAAUCUUCCCCAUGUCACAUCGAGAUCAUUUUGACUGAAGCUGAUGAGGAGAUUGCCAAGGCCCCCGAGACCUCUGUUGUCAGACUCAACAGCCGUCAAAGAGGUGCUAAGGCUUCCCAAAAGCGUAUCACUGCUGCUUAA